AUGUCGCAAGAUCACCGCGGGCGUCUACCCCCCAAUCUCCAGGAUGAAUCCGACGUCGAGGAAGAGGCUCUUGUCAAUGACUACAAGGAGCAGGUACAUUUCGACGAUGGCAUGAGUGAGCUGGACCGAACGACCUCCCUAGGCGCGACAUCACAGACACAGGAUUUACAGGCCCAGUUAGCGGCUGCUGCCACCCCGCUGGAAUACCAGGCUACUCUAGAGACGAAGUUCGCGAGCUACGAUAACUACUGUAGCUUGUUCCAUUAUAUCUUGAACUCGGAAGGGCCCGUUGAUCUGGAAGUUCCGUCGUAUUACUGGGCGUGGGAUGUGAUUGACGAGUUCAUCUAUCAAUUCGAGUCUUUCUGCCGAUACCGAAACCGAGUGGCUCGCACCGGCUCGAACGAGGAGGAGGCACAGCUACUGCGCGAGAACCCAAACACAUGGGGUUGCUACUCUGUUCUUAACGUGCUUUACUCGCUCAUCCAGCGAUCCCAGAUCAACGAGCAGCUUGCUGCCAUAAAACGAAAUGAAGACCCAAUGGCAGUUGCUGGAGAGUACGGAUCUCGCCCGCUUUAUCGAAUGUUGGGAUACUUCUCAAUCAUCGGUCUGCUGCGCGUGCACUGUCUCCUCGGAGAUUUCAGUCUCGCCCUCAAGACGCUGGACGACAUUGAAAUGAACAAGAAGGCCAUGUUCGCGCGUGUCAUGGCCGCCCACUUCACCACAUACUACUAUGUUGGUUUCUCGUACAUGAUGAUGCGCCGUUAUGCCGACGCCAUUCGCAUGUUCAGCCACAUCCUCGUAUAUGUCUCGAGGACGAAGAACUUCCAGAAGGGUCGUGAUGGCUACGAUGCUAUUGCUAAGAAGAACGACCAGAUGUAUGCCCUGAUAGCCAUCUGUGUUGCCUUCCACCCCACCCGUCUCGACGACACCAUCCACUCCGCCAUCCGCGAGAAGUACGGCGACCAAUUCAACCGUCUCCAGCGCGGUCGUCCCGAUGCCCUUCCAAUCUUCGAAGAGCUGUUCCGUUCCGCUUGCCCCAAAUUCAUUAGCCCCACUCCUCCAGACUUUGACAACCCAUCCCUUAACGUUGACCCAGUCGACCACCAGACCGCCAUCUUCAUGGAUGAGGUCAAGAACACCUUGUUCAACCCAACCGUCAAGUCGUACCUGAAGCUGUACACGACCAUGGACCUGAAGAAGCUUGCUGGAUUCCUGGAAGUUGAUGCUGAGCAAUUGCGUGCCUGGCUAUUGGUUAACAAGCAGCGAAGCCGACAGAUCCGAUGGGUUGACGGCGGACUGUUGGACGGAGAGGCUGUAAACGCAGGAGACCUCGAUUAUGCCAUUGAGGGCAAUCUGAUUCAUAUUAGCGAGGUCAAGGCUGGACGAAGACUGGUCGAUUGGUAUCUACGCAACCUUGCUAGAACCUAUUAA